UUUUUCAGACUCCGUCGUCUUCCUAUCUCUGUGACUAUCCUCCCCGCUUCAAAUCUCUCGUCCCUCUCAGAACUCGCUAAAUUUCUUUUUCGGAAAUUAGAUAUGGCCGGAAGGGGAAAAUCUCUGGGAGCCGGAGCUUCGAAGAAGGCGACAUCCAGAAGCAGCAAGGCCGGGCUUCAAUUUCCGGUCGGAAGGAUCGCUAGGUUUCUGAAAGCCGGUAAAUACGCAGAGCGAGUUGGUGCCGGUGCUCCGGUGUAUCUCGCCGCCGUUCUCGAGUAUCUCGCAGCCGAGGUGUUGGAAUUGGCUGGGAACGCAGCGAGGGAUAACAAGAAGACGAGAAUCGUGCCAAGACACAUUCAAUUGGCAGUGAGGAAUGAUGAAGAACUUAGCAGGUUGCUUGGCACGGUUACGAUCGCAAGUGGUGGUGUAAUGCCCAACAUCCACAAUUUGUUGUUGCCGAAGAAGACCGGGACUGGUUCUUCCAAAUCUGUCUCUGCUGAUGAUGAGAGUUAGAUUUGUUUUUAGCAUUGUGGACAGGAAAAGAAAGAAAUCUGUAGUUAGGUUUUCGAUUCUUUGUAUUUUAGGUCUGAGGUUUUUCUUUGUUUCUUUUCUGGAUGUGGUUGGAGGUUGUCAAUGUAGAUUAACGAAAAGGAUGGAGAUGUAAUCCCUGUGAAUUUGGGUAAAACUUCGUGAUUUUCUACAAACUCCUUGAGAUAUGGUUUCUCUUCUGUUCAA